CUUUGCUUCAUUCCUUGUUAAGUUGUCACUUCAUUGAAGUGAAAUAUUUGGAUUCGGUAAAUAUACAAAUUUAUAAUUAAAUGAUUUUUUAAAAUGUCUACCCACGAGCUAAAAUCGGCGAAGUUUUUGAGAACGAAAGCACAAGAAUUUUUGGGGAACCGUAAGAAGAUUCAAAUAAUAAAUGAAAUCAUAAAACACCUAGAUUCAGGUACAGAUGUCCCAUCAUGUUUAAUGUCUCUAGAGUUGAUAUUCUCAACUCUUCUGAAGGAGGAAUUUAUGUAUAUCGAAAUAGUUCCCCUGAAGCCUAUUGAGAAAUCUCAAGAGAAUGAAUGUAAGAUGUGGCUGAAAAACACAUAUGAGAAAUUUUUUCAAAGAGUUUUGGAUUGCUUGGAGAAUAACUCGAAUAAAAUCCAACUACAAGGUUUGAAAACCGCCUUCACUUUGAUUUGCAAUGAAGGCAAGCAUCCUCUUGAAAAUAUAAACUCUAGUGAAAUGUGCUAUGUCCCGUUAAAUAAAUUGAAGUCAGUAUUGAUAAAAAUACUGUUUGGUAAUAGUAAUAACGCACAUCUGAUAAACAAAUACACUGAAUAUUUAACAUACAAUGACAUUCUUUUCAACACAUGGAAACUCUUACCUUCUCUCACGCAAAAGUUGAGCAACCCAAAUGAAACAUACAUUUUAAAUUAUCUGGGUCUACUUGGAAAGAUGCAAAUACAAAAAAAUUCUGAAGAAAAACUGUUAUGCUCUGAUGGAGAUGUAUCAUUCAACUUUGAUGAGAAUGUAACAAGGAAAGUGUUGAAUAAAAUUUGGUGUUGCGUGAUGCAAUGGGAACACACAAAAGCAACACAUAAACAAGUUCUAAUUGUGCUUCUUGAAAAUGUGCUGAAAUACUUAGAGAAGCCUUUAUUUCUCACCGAUUUUUUGAUGGACAGUCUGGAUAUUGGCGGACCUGUCAGUUUGUUGGCUUUGCAGGGAAUAUUUACGAUGAUUCAAGUUCAUAAUUUGGAUUAUCCCGAUGUGUAUAAGAAGUUAUAUUCGAUGUUCGAGCCAGAAAUUUUCCAUACUAAGUACAAGGCCAGAUUAUUUUACUUAGCAGAUUUAUUUCUAAGUUCUUCUCACUUACCAGAGAGUCUUGUAGCUGCUUUUGCCAAGAGGUUGGCCCGCUUGGCUCUUAUAGCACCUCCGGAAGAUAUAAAAAUAAUAUGUAUGCUGGUGGGAAAUCUUAUUUUGAGACAUCCAGGCCUGAAAGUUUUAAUAAACCGGAUAGAUCAAAAGAGUUCCAAUACAGACCCAUUCAUAAUGGAGGAAACCAGUCCGUCGAAAAGUAACGCAAUUAACAGUUCGUUGUGGGAGCUUCAGAGUUUGCAGCAUCAUACAAUACCAAGUGUUGCCAAAUCGGCAAGGCUCAUAAAUUCUUUACCUUCCGUUCAGUGGGAUAUUACUGAACACCUUGACGAUUCCAGUGAAGAAAUUUUCGAGAAUGAAAUUAAGGUACUGAGUAAAAUGGUGGUACUGGCCUUCGAGAAGCCAGACGGAAUGGCUUUAAGAAGGGGAGAAGCUGUUAAAAGAUUUUGGAAUAUAUAAAUUUUAUUAUUCACAUUCGGGUAUCUUGAGAAAGUAUUGUAUGUUGGAGGAAAGCAAUAAAUAUCUAGCUUGAAAAUGAGCUGAUAUUAGUUGCUUUAAAUACAUAUUGAUUCUUUUUUAAGCUCAGUUUUAGGUGUAAGUGAUAGAUAUUAUUUUAAAUAUGUAUCUAAACAUGUGCUGAAGAAUGAAAAACUACUGCUGUGUCCUAAUAUUAGCAUCUGUACACUUUUCAAUUGUUAAUUAUUAUUUAUUGAUUACAUUUUCAUAAAUUU